AUGGCGGGUAGAUCAGUUAGCUUCUCUGCACAUUGUGAUAUUUGUGACUCUCACUUGGAAACGAUAGCGAAAUGGCUGAGCUGCAACGGCGAUGUGUGGGGGGUCGGACCCACGGUGGUCUUCGCGAGUGCCGCGGCCCUGUUUCUCUACAACGAGCUCGAGGCGACUAUAUUCACGGCCGGAGACCACGCUCACAUCUCUGCGCUGGAGAAGACGCUCAUCUCAAGCAUGGUGCUGGGCAUGUUGGCUCUGAUGGUCCACCUCUGGGUUUGCUCUAUGAGAUUCUUCCAAUAUUAUCUGGACACACUAAUCAGAGAUAGUCCAAGCAUGCUGCUCGAAAUGACAACAGCGGGUCUACUCGGCAGUCAGCAUUCGGAUAUUGUGGUCCUCGGUCCUUUGACGAAGUUCCUGAAGAACCAGCAGCCUCAGAUCCAUAUCACGAUCUGCUGGUUCCUGUCGCUUUGCUAUGCUGAUUACGUCAGGAAGCAUUAUUGUCAGAGAUUCAAUAUGCCAUAUUUGGAGCAGUGGCAAAUAGAGUUGCAAGACCGCGCCAGCAGGAGCGCUCACCGCGCCAUGGAGAAGGUGAACAGUUUCGUAGGUUCCGUCCACCAGCGGCUGCGAGGCUUCUCGCGACCAGCGCCACCGAGCCCUGACACUCACACUGAGAGCUCGUCUCCGAAGCAGUCGUCGGUGGAUGUCAGCGCCCCCGACAGCAAGGAGUCGUGCAGACUGCAACGCGCCGAGCAGGGGAAGGAAAUGUGCGUGCGCAUCGUCGGUAAAUCCAGUGAGACUACGGCUGAUGCCAUCGAGAAGCUACGAGCAUUCAUCUCUGCGACGCGAUGCGAGUGCAGCCCUGCACCGGACACCAGCGACGUUGGUGCUGGCGGAACUCCAGCAGAACAAUCGGUGUGA